CCCCGGCCCGUGGCACGGGUCCCAGGGGCGCCGAGUCCCCGCCCCUUACCGGAGUUCUCCGGGACCCGCGAGCGCCGGGCUGGGGGCGGGCCCGCGCCCCCUGCGCCCCCCGCCGGCCGCGCUCGGCUGUCUCCGCGCCCGGCGCUCGGCGGCGCUCGGCUGUCUCCGGCCGCUCGGCUGCGCGCUCGGCUCGGGUCCGCGGCCGCUGCGGCGCCGGGCAUUUCUCCGCAGCUCGGCUCGCGGCCGCGCCCGCCCGGCCCGCGCCCAUGCAGGCCAUCAAGUGCGUGGUGGUCGGCGACGGCGCCGUGGGGAAGACCUGCUUGCUGAUCAGCUACACGACCAACGCCUUCCCGGGAGAGUACAUCCCCACCGUUUUCGACAACUACUCUGCGAACGUGAUGGUGGAUGGGAAGCCGGUCAACCUGGGGCUGUGGGACACGGCCGGGCAGGAAGACUACGACCGGCUGAGGCCACUGUCCUAUCCCCAAACUGAUGUCUUCCUGAUCUGCUUCUCCCUGGUGAGCCCGGCAUCCUUUGAGAAUGUUCGAGCCAAGUGGUACCCCGAGGUGCGACACCACUGCCCCCACACGCCCAUCCUCCUUGUGGGCACCAAGCUGGACCUCCGUGAUGACAAGGACACCAUCGAGCGGCUGCGGGACAAGAAGCUGGCGCCCAUCACCUACCCCCAGGGUCUGGCCAUGGCCCGGGAGAUCGGCUCUGUCAAGUACCUGGAGUGCUCAGCCCUCACUCAGCGGGGCCUGAAGACCGUGUUUGAUGAGGCCAUCCGGGCUGUGCUCUGCCCGCCCCCCGUGAAGAAGCCGGGCAAGAAGUGCACGGUCUUCUAGAGCCUGCUUCCAGAGCGGCCCCGCCCGGCCCGUGUUUGCUGUCGUGUUGCGAUAUUUGGUGUCCCUGAGUCUGCUGUGAGGGAGUGGUGUGGGUGGGGAGGGGGAGAAGCAUGGGGACAGGGCUGGGGCCGCGGAGUCCUGUCUGGGGUCCGGUUCCAGCGUUACCUGGCCCCCGCGGGAGGCUGGAAGGGAGCAGGGUCUCCCUCGGGCUGCGGAGCGGGUCCAGGGCAGCCCCAGGAUGGGCUUCCUGAUGGGGAGGUUGGGGGGAUGGGGCCGGCUCAUGCGCCCCAGGAUGGGGAGGCCCUUUCUUAUUUUAUACAAUAAACAUU